UUAUGUUCGGCACACAACCAAAAUGAUACAGGAUCCUGAUGUGACACGUUAUUGUUGACCGAGCAUUUUAAUGACGUGGUUCGAUUUUAAUUAUUACUCCGUUAAAUACAAUUAACUUAACAAAAACAAAAACUGAAUAAAAAAAGCAAAAAAAAAAAAAAAAAAACAUACAGAUUGCAGGAAAACACGUUACAGAGGAAUCAGGCGUCACCUCGUGAUCUCGACUUCGGCCACCUCUCUCUGGUAACGGAGUGACCUCGUGAUUUUGUCUUAUCGCUAUUCGCUAUUAUGUCAGACGUGGAGGAUGUGAAAGACCAACAGGAGGGCUCUGAAAAAUGCAUGCCAUCAUCUCAAGAGGAGGAGGAAGCUAUUAGGAAGAAAUAUGGUGGGAUUAAACCCAAGAAACAACCACUCAUUUCUAAGGACAAUGAACGUGCAUUUUUUGAUUCUGCUGAUUGGGCUCUGGGAAAGCAUGGUGGGGAGAAGCCCAAAGGACCACUUGAAGCACUUCGGCCUAAAUUGCAGCCAACACAACAACAGACACUAUACCGGAAAUCUCCUUGUGCACCAUCAGAUGGUGAAGAUGGAGGAAAUGUUUCGUCAGAGGAUGCAACUGCAAAUGAAUGAGAGGCUGCUGUUGAUCUUGUGAGGACUGUCAAUUUUGAAGCUAAUAUAUCUAGAUAGAGAUGAGCAAUUUUCUGUUGGUUCAAUAAAAUUGGCGAUGAUGCUUCCAUAUUUGCUAAAAGAGAAAUAAAAACACCUACUAUCUUUAGUUUAGAUUUGCCAUUUGUAAAACUAUAAAUUUUAAAGUUGAUGUCCUUACCCCCCCACCCACCCCCUAAUUAUAUAAUUUUGGUUAAAGAA